UAAAAUUUUCAGUAUUUGUUGUGAGUUUUAUCAUUUAUAUAUUAAAUAUAUAUGGUAAACAAGAUGGACAUGGAGAAUAUAAUGUGCAUGUCAACCAAUGUGGACAAUAAAGUUGAUGAUGUCAUCACCACAAUGAAUGGAAACACUGGUAACCACGUUAUUGCUCACUUAAAUACUUGGGUGCCUCCGUCUAAUUCCAAUAUGCUCGAUAUCUACAGUUUUUGUAAGGUUAUUAUAAAAAAAUUUACUAAAGACGCGUGUUUGGAACAAAUAUAUGAAGGUACUUGUACUAUUUUCUGCCAGUAUGAUAGUAUUGAAAAUGUCGUUGUGAUAAGAGUUGGUAGCGAUGCUGACACCUCAAUAACAUUGAAGGAAUAUAAACUCAAUUUUGAUAACAAUAUCUGUGGUAUUGGACAAAAAUCAUGUAUUCUUAAUAUAGAUUAUGAAGAUAUUGUGUUUUGCUUUUCAUCUGAAGAUAACUAUAAAGACUUCAAAUCAUAUGUUGAUCUUGUAAGAGAGGCUCAGCGAGAAGCGGUUUUUGAACAACAUAUUGAACACACUGAAGAUUCUUCCAUUCCCAUGUAUUUUCAAUCGAACGGUUCCCUAAUGCAACAACAAGACAUUAUGGAAGACAAUGUACGCAUAAAUACAUAUAAGUGUGCCAUAAUUGGAAAUAAACAGGAUUUCAAAAACAAAAUCAUAUUAAAUAUUUGCACUGGAUCAAGCAUUUUAUCAUUUUUUGCUAUUCAAGUUGGUGCUGCUAAAGUUUAUUCAAUUGAAACAGCAAAUAUGGCUCGGUAUACUCUGCAAUUGGCUGUGGCAAACAAAGUAGAAGAUAAAAUAAUAAUUUUAACUGGUGAAGUCAAUGAAAUAGAUCUACCUGAAAAAGUUGAUGUUAUUAUUUCUGAGCCAAUGGGGUAUAUGCUGUACAAUGAUCGUAUGUUAGAAACAUAUCUAUAUGCUCGAAAAUGGUUAAAAGUUGGCGGUAAAAUGUUUCCAACUCAUGGUGAAUUACAUGUGGCACCAUUUUCAGAUCAAUCGCUAUAUUCAGAACUAUGUUUUAAUGCGAAUUUUUGGUAUCAACAAUCAUUUCACGGUGUCAAUUUAACUACAUUACAUAAAGCAGGAAUGAAAGAAUAUUUUAGACAGCCUAUUAUUGAUACAUUUGAUAUUGAGAUCUGUUUGGCAGAUUCAGUUAAACAUCUGUGUGAUUUCCUGAAAGAUAAUGAUACUGAUCUUCACAAUAUUAAUAUUCCAUUAGAGUUUAACAUACUCCAAACUAACGUAUGUCAUGGUCUUGCAUUUUGGUUUGAGGUCGAAUUUUGUGGUUCUUCCCAGAACGUGCGGCUAUCAACUUCACCUACUGCACCUAUGAGUUACUGGUCGCAGAUGCGUUGCUUAUUGCCAGUUCCAAUUUUUGUUAAACAAGGUCAAAUAUUAAAAGGUCAAGUUGUACUAGUAGCAAAUCGCACACGAUACUACAAUGUGACCGUCGACUUAUAUCUUGAAGACACGAAUAUAUCCUCUGGAAAUACACUUGACAUGAGAAAUCCAUACUUUAGAUAUGUUGAAACACCUGUGAAAUCACCACCCGGUACUAAUGCUCAAAGCAAUUCAGCGCAGUACUUGUCCGAAUCAGAUGCUCAACGGAGAACCACAAUAAUAAAUGGAGAACUGGAUAAUCACAUUUGUGAUAUUACUAGUGAUGGCGCAAGUAAUGCUACCGGUAAUGCCACUAGUGAUUCCGCUAGUGAUGCUACUAGUAAUGCCACUAGUGAUUCCGCUACUGAUGCUACUGGUAAUUUCACUUGUGAUUCCGCUACUAAUGCUAUUGGUAAUGCCACUGGUGGAGUUGGACACGUUAAAUUUGCUCAUGAAUGA